AGUCGCAUGUCGUUUGUUAACCAUCAUUACAGCAGGGAAACACGCGCAGUUUUUUAGUUUCAUGUGUUCCUUAUAUUUUACGUAAUUGAUUAAACCAUAUCUUUUUCUUUAAUGUUGUAUAUAGGCAGUCUAUUGCAGUGGAAGCCUAGUGUAACAGUAAUGAGCAAUAGUUAAUAAUUCCAUAACGUUGCUUGAACAUUUUCAAGAUAUAAAUAAUGAAGUAUAUGUUUAGCUUCGAUCACAUCUGCUUCACGCAAGAGCUAGCAAUAAAAUCUGCCAGAUGGCGUUGCAAACUUGUGAACACAAUUUGUCUAUUUAAAUAUCUAACUGUAAAUAUAUAAUAUAUAAUUAAUAUAUAAAGCAAGAACAAAGGGAAUCACAUUUUUCUACAUUUUUAAAGCUUUCGAAUAUCCCUUUAAAAAUGAACAAGUUCUGAUUAAUAAGCAUCUAGCUUCAAAGUUGAUAUACAUCGCACGUUAGAUCACAAAACAACGUUAACACCGUGUAUUUUUUUCUAUGCGCCUCACUAAUUUACGGAACAGGGUUGAAUGCAACAUAUAGAAAAUCGAGCCUGCACUUUUUUACCAUUUGGCGAACCAUAAUGUAGUAAUGAUAACACAGCCGUCCUAAGCAAGGCCUAAAUACCGGACGUAAGAUCUGAGACACUGAAUCGUUUUGAAAUCCUGGCGAAAAGUUUGGAAAUUUUAGCACUUGACCCAGUAUGUCUCAAGUAUACAUAAUGGAAAUGAGUCCAGGAAAAACUGAAGAGGAAAUGUGCCGUGAGAAAUGCUUCACGGUCGAACGAGGCACUACAGUUGGUCAGCUAAGAACUCUUAUUGGAGACACGUUCGGCAGACAUCUCGACCAUUUCCAGCUCAUCUACGCAGGAAAAAUUCUAAAUGAUUCUAUAAGCUUAGAAGCGGCAGGCGUGAAAAAAGAUUCAACAGUACUCCUUUACCCCAAGAUCGAAACUACCAGGCCAUCACCGAGUACUGGAGGUGAUCCACAAAAGAAUAAGGAUAAUAUAGUCGCAUGUGUAAAAGAACUAGUAAAAAUGAGAGCCUUACACGCCAUAGGGAAAGUCGAUAUACAGAUGCAGGUGCUACGUUCUAUGCCCCACCUCGAGUGUUCUACAAUCGCGCUUUUGCAAAGUGAGCGGCUUCUCAAGAAGUGGGUUAUUGACAAAAACCAGGUAGUAUUAGACAGAAUUGCCCAAGAGCAUCCCUAUCUCGGAGACGCUUUGAAAAAGGCGAUGUUGUGCGUUAUGUCGCAAGGUGUACCGGCACCAAAGCAGUCUGGCAACGCGUACUCGGUUGAUGCUCUCAGCGAAGACUCGAGCGAUGAUGAAAUGCAGGGUUAUCAACAACAAGUGCCGAGGCCAGGUGGAUCGCGGUCGCAGUCCAGUGGUGUUAGAACCCCAGAUCAGCAGACGGGCCGCUUAACUAUCACCGACGAAAUGCUGCAAGCUGCUCUUCAAACGACCUAUUCAGAAAAUCACGUAGCAUCUCAAGCUUUUAGCUCCCAAUUAGCCAUCAUGCGUGAGAUGGGUCUAACUGAUGAACGAGCAUGUGUACGAGCCCUUGUCAGAACGGGCGGUGACGUCGAUAUGGCCGUUGACUUGCUUCUCAACGAAUGAGAACGGGCGGUGACAUCGAUGUGGCCGUUGAUUUGCUUCUCAACGAAUGACUGAGCAAAACCGCCAAAAUAAAACACCGGAUGUCGGCAGUCCUAACCGGACUUCUCUACGGAGAUCACCUCGUACAAAAUCUGCUCAAAAAAAGUUUUCUAAGCCUUUAGUCUUGUCUAGGCGCCGUACAAAAUGUACCACGCACUUUUUAGAUUUUUUGAUCAAAAAACAACUCCCGGUUUUUUUUUCCAUGUACAUAUAUUGCAUCCAUCGUGUUCUGCUAACAUUUGUUUUCUGUAUCUAUUUAUGACUUAUGGUCCUUCAAGGGUCAGUAGUAAUAAUUGCAUAGAGCGAAAUAAUUGAAUCCUAAUGAACGCCGGAGAUAAUAAUUUUCAAAAUAAACAUUUUAUCACACAUACUCCCACACGCAUAUGUGGGAGCCUGUUUCUCCAAAUUUUUACCAUGCUAAACAAUAUAAUACUGCACAAUUUAUCUGAACAAUAUAAUAACUUAUAAAUUCACUAAAAGGUUCUUCACAACAUUUUCAAGUUAGUAAAGACGCUACGUCAGUGAUUUUGAAUAUUUUGUAACAAGUAAGCGUAUUUAAUGAGCGUCGAUAUUUGAAAGUAUCGACGCAGAGUGUAUAUAGAGUGCGCAAUAAUAAAGCUGUUGCUCUAAUUAUAAAUGAAGGAGAAGUAAAAAGAGCAAAAUUACCAAAUAUGUAUUUCUUUCUGACAUAGGUGAUUAAAAAAAGGAUUUCGUCAGCGGAAAUGACUACUAGGUGGGAAUUUAUAUGAUUAUCUAACCACUCUGCUACUCAUUAUUACAACGUCUAGGUAGCUUAGAUUCGCGUCGUUGGUUAGCUUUUAUUAUCAUUGCUAGUGGGUACAACAUUUAUAUUUUUCGUCAGCUCUUCUGGCCCCAAAAAUGCCUAUACACGUCAUGCAUACACUAUAAACUUAAUAAAAAUUGUCGUAUCGCUCGACGUAUGUAUUCCAGAUACAACAUUUAUUCCUUAUAUAUAAUAAACCUUAUAUAUAAUAAAGAUGAAAUUCAUAAGCACAUAAGCACAAAAUACUGGAAGCUAUUGUUUCCUUACAAAAUUACAAAGGCGCAAUUAUAUCAAAAAUGAUUGCAAGUAGCUAUACAAUGAUUUACAGCUGUGAAUAACAGAAGUAUACACAACUAGUAAACCUUGGCAAGUGCACCUAAAAUAUGGUAAUAAUUAUACUCGGUUGCUAUUCCAUCAAAUCUAAUUGGUGUGAUUGGGCGAUAAAAGCCCUCAAGUGGCUUGUAUUAAAAAAAAAACUACAAUCACUGGGUAAAGUCCGCUAUACAUUUUAAUAGCUUCUCUAUUGUGUAUAACCGACUCACACUAUUUUGUAUCUCUCUUAUGGCCUCAAGAUAAGGACAGGCAGCUCAAAUAAUAAUAUAUUGUGGUAUAGUGAGUAGAUAAACCCAAAUUCUGUUUCAGUAACCUGAUCCAGUUCUACCAGUAGAUCAAUACUAGUAAUAAU